UCACAAUUUAAAACUACACGUCACUCUCUCACUCAAACUAAGAAACUAGAUCUGAAAGUAAUACAAAUUCGCAUCUCUAAUUCCCAUUAUUCUCUUAUUCCUCAAAAGCUCAAUUUCACCAAUCACAUGAAACCCGACCCGAUUCAAUUCCACUGAAUUCCGAUCAAUUCCUCCAGAUCCGUCGUCUUCUUCCGAUUAGGGUUAGGGUUGACCAGAAAAAAUGGCAGUCUCCGAUGGCGUCGUCAAGAAAGUGAUCCUCUCCUACACCUAUGUAGCGAUAUGGAUCUUCCUCAGCUUCACUGUUAUCGUUUACAACAAGUACAUCUUGGAUAAGAAGAUGUACAAUUGGUCCUACCCGAUCUCGUUAACCAUGAUUCACAUGGCUUUCUGUUCCUCACUGGCGUAUCUUCUCGUUCGUGUCUUCAAGCUCGUUGAACCUGUUUCGAUGUCGCGCGAUCUGUAUCUGAAAUCCGUUGUUCCGAUUGGUGCACUUUACUCGCUUUCGCUUUGGUUUUCGAAUUCCGCUUAUAUUUAUCUCUCUGUUUCGUUUAUUCAAAUGCUUAAAGCGCUUAUGCCUGUUGCUGUUUAUUCGAUUGGUGUUUUGUUUAAGAAAGAGGGUUUUAAGAAUGAAACUAUGGCUAAUAUGAUUUCUAUUUCACUUGGUGUUGCUGUUGCUGCUUAUGGUGAAGCUAAGUUUGAUACUUGGGGUGUUACGUUGCAGCUUAUGGCUGUUGCUUUUGAAGCUACUCGUUUGGUUUUGAUUCAGAUUUUGCUUAACUCUAAGGGGAUUUCAUUGAAUCCGAUUACCUCGCUUUAUUACAUUGCUCCUUGUUGUUUGGUGUUUUUGUCUGUUCCUUGGCUGAUUGUUGAGUAUCCUUCUUUGAGGGAUAACUCUAGUUUCCAUUUGGAUUUUGCGGUUUUCGGGACCAAUUCGCUUUGUGCUUUUGCUUUGAAUCUUGCUGUGUUUUUGCUGGUUGGAAAGACUUCUGCUUUGACUAUGAAUGUUGCUGGGGUUGUUAAGGAUUGGCUGUUGAUUGCGUUUUCUUGGUCUGUGAUUAAGGACACUGUUACACCGAUUAAUUUGAUUGGUUAUGGGUUGGCGUUUUUGGGGGUUGCGUAUUAUAAUCAUUCCAAGUUGCAGGCACUUAAGGCUUCGGAGACUCAGAAGAAGGCUCAGCAGAAUGAUGAAGAGGCUGGAAGGUUGUUGGAACAGAGAGACGGGGAAGGGACUGGAAGGAAGAUCGACAGCCAGAACUGAUUCAACAUGUCUAUCUCAUUUUUGGAUGCGAAAUUUGCUUUUGGGUAUAUGUGGUGGUGUAUUGUACUACUAUUAGGUAAUUAUUUUAUUAUCAUUCGGAUUAUCAUCAGUAUUAUUAUGUUAUUUUACUUCUGUUUAUUUCAUUCAGCUUAUUUUAUUCAUAUUUUAGUUGUGUAUUGGGUCUGAGAUUGAUCUUUGUCUUAUAUAUGCUUAUUCAGUGUUUCAUAUUAAUGGUCAGUUAAUGAAUUUAGUUUCCUUGA